CCAUCAGCAGCAAAAGUCCUUGUGUGGAGUCACUUCCCUUACAGUAGUUGGUUUAAAUGGACGGACUGUUAUUUUUCCCUCAUGCAGGGUUGAAUAAACUGCCCAUAAUUCCCAGCUUUACCAGAAACAAGUUGCAUUUCCUGAAACGUCAUAAAUCAUAACGUCCAGCAUUAGGCCCAUCAUUCAUCACAUACAUUAACUUUGUACUGUAAACAUCCAGGUAUUCUAUGAUAAUGUUGGACUGAAUAGGCUGAGACAAAUAUAAAACCUCUACAGCUGCAGUGAAGCUUAGAACCUACUGAACCGCUGCCCUGCGCUCCAUGAAACAGCCUUUACCUUAAGUUAAGGCUUUAAACAGUCUUUAUUCGUCUUCACAGACUCGUUGAAAAUGACAUGGACGCUUCUAUUCAUCCUUGGGAGCUCCUUGACUGGGUUCACCUUCAGCUGGACGUAUCAUCAUAUGUCAAACACCAUGAACUGGACUCAGGCCCGGCACCAGUGCCAGGCCCGUUUCACAGACCUGGUGGUGAUCCAAAGCCAGGAGGAGAACGACUAUUUGGUCUCCGUGCUGCCGAACAGAACCUCCAGUCCGUACUAUUGGAUCGGAAUCACCAAGACCCACACGAAGGAGCCGUGGCGGUGGGUCGGGAACAACAGCACGUGGAUCGGCGAGCGCUCGUGGGCGGCGAACGAGCCCAACAACAACCACACCACGGAGUUCUGCGUGGAGAUCUACGUCAACCACGGCAAGAACAGAGGGAAGUGGAACGACGAGAAAUGCAGCAAUAAAAAGUAUCCUGUUUGUUACAGAGCCCAGUGUAACGAAAGCGUAUGCGACAGAGGGCGGUGCCGGGAGACGAUAGGAGGCACGGCCUGCGUGUGUGAGCCCGGCUUCAUGGGACACAGGUGCCAGACAGAGAACGAUACCAGGGGAACCAACGACAGCGUAUCCUGCACGUCUGAGCCUGGAGUCAAGGCCGACGGAGGCCAGACAGCCCCAGAAUGCCCCCGGCUGCCCCCCCCCGAGAACGGAUCCCUCCGCUGCUCAGGAGGAAACCACACGUUCAACUCCAGCUGCCGCUAUGCGUGCGUGGGAGGCUUCCUGCUGAUCGGCCCCUCCACCGUCACCUGUGGGAGCACUGGGAGCUGGAGCGGCCCCAGACCUACGUGUGCAAGCUACAAACACGCUCUGAUGGCCGUGGCUGCCUGUGGGGCCUUCGCCGUCCUCUCCUGCAUCUGUUUCUGUUUGAUGAAGCACAAAAGAAGAAAAAAACUUGCCCAAGUCAGACAGUACGACGAGGACACGAGUCCGGCCCACGAAGUCCACGAAUGAACCGCUGCAGACGCAGUCAUGUCCCACUCAUAUAUACUGUAGCGUAGAGCACUGAUUAGACAUAUCAGAUACCAGAUACAUAUACAGAUAUAUCGUAGCAACUUGUUAUGCAUUUUGUUAAAUAUUGUACAUUUUAAUCCAACUGGUGUUUGUUUAAGCUCAAUAAAACGAAAUAAAAUUACA